CUUUUUCCAAACUUCCUCUGACACAAUGGAGCAGACCGAGAAGGCCUUCCAAAAGCAGCCCACCAUCUUCGGCGCCAAGAAGCGCGUCCUUGUCCAGAAGAUCUCGCAACGCGAGGGCCGUUUCUGGCGCAACGUCGGUCUUGGCAUCAAGACCCCCCGUGAGGCCAUCGAGGGCAACUACGUUGACAAGAAGUGCCCCUUCACCGGCGACGUGUCCAUCCGCGGCCGCAUCCUCACUGGCGUUAUUGCUAACAACAAGAUGAAGCGCACCAUCACCGUCCGCCGUGACUACCUGCACUACAUCAAGAAGUACAACCGCUUCGAGAAGCGCCACCGCAACCUGUCGGCUCACAUCUCGCCCGCUUUCAAGGAUGUCGACGUCGGCGAUUCCGUCGUGGUUGGCCAGUGCCGCCCCCUCUCCAAGACUGUCCGCUUCAACGUCCUCAAGGUCAUCAAGGAUCUUAAGGCUGAGAAGGCCAAGAAGCAGUUCAACAAGUUCUAAAAGAGCCAAUUUUUUUUUCUAACUUGUAAAACUCUCCUCUGCUGCUGCUCGUUGUGUGGCGAAUAAAAUGUCUGUCCCUGAAAGA